AUGGCAGAUGAAGAAUCACUGCCCGUAGAGGUUCUUAGAAGCGACGAUUAUCUGGCAGGCGGCAUAUUAUUCAUUAUAGCCUUCCUGAACGUGUUCAUCAACUUUCGAAAUUUGGUCUUUUAUCGCUCCAGUGCAUUAACAAUUUCCUAUUUUAUCAGAGCUCGUGCUAUCUGCAAUUUUUCGGUAGCUAUUGUUUAUAUCGUUUACGUCAUCCCGGUUAUAUUGAGAGGUUCCGCUAACGAAUAUGGCCGUGUGGUGGACAUUGUCGCAGCGUACUCGGGUAGCCUCGCGUACACCUAUAUCCUGGUGCUCGAGCCGAGCGUCGCAGCAAAUCGUCUUGUCGCCAUUUCACCGCUGGCUCGUCGUUGCUUUAAUUGGAGCGACAUUGACGCUAUCCCCAGAUGCCACUCGCCCAUCAUGCCUCUACCAUCGACCAUCCAAUUCGUCGUCUUCUUCAUCGAUGCCGUUGUCAAUACCUCGCUAGAAGUGCCAGAGAGCCGAAUGUUAAAUUUUCUAUACUACAGUGUCGAUUGGUUGACGCUGCAUACUAUUGACGGCUUGAUCAUCUGGGCUUUCCGAAUCGACGCUCCAAAAACCACGCGUCAAAUCUUUGUCCAUAUCGGCCUUCUAAACAUCGCGAUCAACUUGCGAUGCCUGUUCUUUUAUCGCACAUGUGCCCUGACGAUUGCUAUUUUUAUCGUGGCUCGCGCCAUUUGCAACCUGCUUGUAGCCUUGGUAUAUUUGGCAUAUGUCGUUCCGGUAAUUCUCAUCGGUUCCAUCGACAAAUUUGGUGUGGUUUUCGAUGUAUUGGCCGCGUAUCUGGGUAGUCUCGCGUACACUUUUAUCCUUGUACUCGAACCCAUCGUCGCCACCAAUCGCUUUGUCGCCAUUGCUCGUCCAACGCUCUACCGGCGAAUAUUUGGUAUCAAAAGCGCAAAGCGCUGGCUUUUCCUGGUUCUGCUUGGCGCUAUUCUAACACUUUCUCCGGAUAUUUUCCGUCCAGCCUGCCCCUAUUAUUAUGAUUACGAAUGGCUAGCCUGGGGGUAUCCGAUCGAUGAAUGUGGCGAAACGUCCUCAUUCUACUCCUUUUUACUGCCCGCUUAUAUCUGCAGUGCCGUCACUUUUCUGCUCAACCUGGCUACGUGUUUCCAGAUCGGAUGGUAUCGAUAUGUUUCGAAAAACGAAUCCGCCUUCAAGAAGAGCCGGGUGCACCUGCGGUUUUUUGUUCAGUCAUCUAUCCAAUUUGUUGUCUUCUUCGUCGAUGCCGUUGUCAAUACCUCAUUAGACGUACCCGAAAGCCGAAUGAUUAAUUUUUUAUACUACAGUGUCGAUUGGCUAACAUUACAUACUAUUGAUGGGUUCAUCAUCUGGGCCUUCCGAGUUCAGACCCCAAAACCGAGUCCCCAAGCUUUCGUUCACGUCAGCCAAAGCAUCAGCAUUUCGUUGAGACGA